GUCGCCCUCCCUCGACUGCAAUGGGCGGCACACAAACACUGUGUGUAUGUGUGUGAAGUGGAUUGAGAAGGAGUCCAGCGGACAGUCGGGGGAUUGGAAGGAGCUGGUUAAUAAACUGAACACUAGUUUUAAUGUGAAACACAGUUGUGAUUGGAAUACUGGCUAAUGCAUUUUGUUAGUUUGAGCAACGCUGUAAUUUUUUUCUCUCUCUAAUUAAUAGUUAAUUUUUUUUCCUUCGCCGUCCGACAAUGGCUAGCUGGCUAAUUCGGGAAGCUCCGCGCGCGACUGUCUGCCGCCGGAAACGGACUGUGACACGAUAAAGUAACGGUAGAAGACAAACCGGCAAGUCCGUUUCGUCAUUACGAUGACAGUUUAUAAAGUUCGCCGCUUUGAGUUCAUGAAAUAAAAGUGAAAGAGUUACGAGUGGCGAAGUGUGAAGAAGCGGAGUGACAAGGACGGGAAAGAAGGGAGGGCAGCCCACACUGAAGCAACACAACAAGGAAACCGGAGCGCGCCCGUCCGCACGCACACACACACACACAGAUACACACACGCAGAGAAACAGGCACAGCCCUCGUUUGACGCUCCGCAAUAAGAGCUAGCUCGCUGACUGCGCGCCGAAACGAGGCUCCGAGCGCCCACCACCACACGGAGAUCUGGUCGGGAGCGAGCAGCACGGCGCUGCGGAGCGGAAUGGGUUCAGAGCCACCGUCGACCCCCCCGCCAGUGGAGGAGGGAGGAGAUGAAGAGGAAGAGGAGCUGAGCGGGACUGAGGAAUCUGACCCGCGGGCCCCCCCUGGGCGUGGAUCCCUGCUCACCCGGCGAGGCAUCACCUUGCGUGUGCUGCUGAAAGACGGCCUGGUGGAGCCGGGGGAUGGGGUGCUGUCCAUUCACUACCUGGGAAAGAAGUUUGUCGGGGACUUGCUCUGCGAUGGGAAGAUACGCUGGGUGGAAACUGGGCAGAUCUUCAACUCACCCAGUGCCUGGGCCACACACUGCAAGCGCCUGGUGAACCCAGCCAAGAAGUCAGGAUGUGGCUGGGCCUCUGUGCGCUACCGUGGCCAGAAACUGGUGCAGUACAAGACCAGCUGGCUUCACAAGUACCAGCCCAGUGCUGAGGUGAGCCUGGCCAGUGAGGGCGAUGAUGAAGAGAUGGGAGAGGAAGAUGAAGAAGAGGGGAAGGCCACUGAUCAGUUGGAAGAGAAGAACAGGAAGAGCAAGCAUGACCAGCACGAGAUCAGCAUGGUGCAGCGGAGAGGGGAAAGGGAGAGGGUGCCUGUGAGAUACUGCACGCUGGGCAGCAGAGACUCCGCCAGGGACCCACACACUCUGGUGGAACUGUCUGCCUUCUCUGCCAUCAACCGCUUCCAGCCGUUCAACGUUGCAGUGUCCAGCAAUGUUCUGCUGUUGAUGGAUUUCCACUGUCAUCUGACCACCAGUGAGGUGGUGGGGUAUCUUGGGGGGCGCUGGGACACCAACACACAGUUAUUAACAGUUCUCAGGGCGUUUCCUUGUCGCACACGACUUGCAGAUCGUGAUUCUGCACCUGUUGUUGAAGAAGAGAUUUGCCAGAACCUGUUCAUGCGGGGGCUGUCAUUAGUGGGCUGGUACCACAGUCAUCCACGUGGCCCGGCCCUGCCGUCCCUGCAGGACAUAGACUCCCAGAUGGACCACCAGCUACGCCUACAGGGGAGCAACAAUGGCUUCCAGCCAUGCCUGGGCAUCAUCUGUGGGCCCUAUUACCAUGGUAACCAGGGUGUUGCAUCUACCAUAACGCCUUUUUGGGUGGUUCCACCACCAGAGCAACGACCCAAUGACUAUGGCAUACCCGUUGCAGUGGAGGUGACUUAUGUUCAAGACAACUACCUCACCAGUGACGUUUUGAAUGAGAUGAUGCUGCUGGUGGACUUCUACAGAACAGCCCCUGACCUGGUGCAGUUCAGUCAGCUGUGGAGCCCGGAGAUAACAGUGCUGGACAAGAUCAAGGGUUCUCUGAGUGGUCAUGCUCCAAAGGACCAGUCCUAUUCUCAGAUCCUGGACCACGUGUACAACCAACUGAGCAAUAGCCGUUGAGGAACAGGACACAUGACCAUGAUCCUUGCGAGUCUUGGCCACCCUCCAUGGGGAGCCUGUUGCUGUUUUAUUCUCGCCUGUAUAAGUAUUGUGUAUGGCAGGGCGCCAGGCUCAUCUCACUGCUUAGUCUGUCUGCCCAGAGUAUGUGGCCAGUGUUGCCCUGGCCACGACCACACUGUGAGCAGGUUUGACUCCCUUUUAUGGAGCCUCAUGUAGGAUGGUAUCUUCCACUGCCUGUACUGAGAAGUGUGUACCGUUUGUCCUGUAUGUGCUAUGAAUGUCUAUGUGUCAGUUUCAUGUUAUUGUGUUGUCAGGGAAAUGGGAAUGCUGUGAUGGAAAUAGCCCAUGCCUUGAACCUGCUUAUUCUGAACAGUAUUUAAUAGAUCUGUAGUGUAAAACAGGAACAGUACCUUCAACCUGCUGAGUACCUUAAAUGAAUACACACACUGGACCUCGA